AUGGCUGAUCCCUCGAGCACUGUCACCGUGCUGGGCGAUAGCGGACACCAACAGUGGUACCUGCGCAACAAGAGCUUCCGGAAGUACAUCGCGAAGCACCAAUUCUCCCGGUAUGACUUUCCCCAGGCAGCGGACCAUGGCGUCGCGCCCGAGUCGCUGGUGCUCGUCUCGGGCUGGCUCAAAGCAUCGGAGUAGGCGAUCGUGACGUUCCAGAACCAAGAGAAGGCACACAAGAUCUCACUCAAUGCUUGCGCGGGCUCAUACGCGUCGACCGCCUUCAAGAUCUCCGUGGGCACGGAGGUGUAGCGUCCGUUGAGCAACGCUCC